UACCCAGCUCUGGUUGGCCUACCAUCCCGGAACAGGCGUUAACUCCGGGCUGUGGCAAGAUGGCGUCCCUGGAUCGGGUGAAGGUACUGGUAUUGGGAGACUCAGGUGUUGGGAAAUCUUCACUGGUUCAUCUUCUGUGCCAAAAUCAAGUACUGGGAAAUCCAUCAUGGACUGUGGGCUGCUCAGUAGAUGUCAGAGUUCAUGACUACAAAGAAGGAACCCCAGAAGAGAAGACCUACUAUAUAGAAUUAUGGGAUGUUGGAGGCUCUGUGGGCAGUGCCAGCAGUGUGAAAAGCACAAGAGCAGUGUUCUACAACUCUGUAAAUGGUAUUAUUUUAGUACAUGACUUAACAAAUAAGAAGUCAUCCCAAAACUUGUAUCGUUGGUCAUUGGAAGCUCUCAACAGGGAUUUGGUGCCAACUGGAGUGUUGGUAACAAAUGGGGAUUAUGACCGGGAACAGUUUGCUGACAACCAAAUCCCACUGUUGGUAAUAGGGACUAAACUGGAUCAGAUUCAUGAAGCCAAGCGCCAUGAAGUUUUAACUAGGACUGCUUUCCUAGCUGAGGAUUUCAAUGCAGAAGAAAUUAAUCUGGAUUGCACAAAUCCACGGUACCUAGCUGCAGGUUCUUCCAAUGCUGUCAAGCUCAGUAGGUUUUUUGAUAAGGUCAUAGAGAAGAGAUACUUUCUAAGGGAAGGUAAUCAGAUUCCAGGCUUUCCUGAUCGAAAAAGGUUUGGGGGAGGAACGUUAAAGAGCCUUCAUUAUGACUGAAUUACACCCAUCCUGGAAGAGUGAGCAAGCGGUGGCAGUUCUGCACAGCUUUCUUCUUGCUGUGUUGAUUAUUAUUUCAGCCUUUUAACAGAAUCAUCCUAAAAUGCCACCCUUCAGCCUCACCCUUUAAUGGAAGGCUGAAAGGAAGUGACAGCGUGGGAGGUCCAAACUUUGUCCCCAUUCUGUUCCUCACCUUUCUGUCCCUGUUUAUAGAUUAUGUAAAAGCCUUGUGGAAAUAUGAGAUGUUGUCAAAAUGAUGCAGUAAAUGAGCAGUGACAGAGUGCUACAGAAAAAAUUUACUCUUCCCAGAAUUGGAAGGUUUUUUAUAGGUCUGUAACUUUCCCACACUCCUUGCUGAAGGCUUAAUUAAGUACUUCAAAAAUGUAUCUCUGUUGUUUUACCUUCUUGAGGGGAAAGGUUAUGUUAACCAGCCCUGGGUUGUCCACCCCAAACAAUCUCUGUCAUUUUCAAAGAAGCAAAAUGGUGUUAUUUAAUUGUUUCCACUCUCAUCACACACAAGGAUGCCUAAUAAUAGCAGCCUUUGUCUCCCUCUCCUCUCCUUUGCAAAUGGUUCAGUGGCUAGAAGAGGCAGACUAAUAGCUGGAGUUAAAUAUAAAUAGAUUAAUAAUACAUAGAGAACACCAGUACCAGCAAAGGAGAAUUCUCCGAGAAAUUGACAGCUCACUAAAUCCUUCACUCUGGGUUACAGAUGUCUGCACUGUCUUAUUGUUUUCUAUUUGGAAAUAGGCAGGGUGAAAUCUAAGACCUGUUCAAGGGCAGUAAGAGAGAUUUACAGCCUCUACUGUUUUUAUUUUUUUAAAGGAAAAGUCAACUCCUGAAAUGUCUCUUAACUGUAGUCGGUAAACUAAGACUGUUAUUUUCUGUGUCAACAAUGUAUUUAUGGAGAGAAGUAAAAAUAAGUUCUACAGCAACACAUUUACAUGAAUUAUGGACUAGGAUUCUUAGAUUUCAUAAUCCAACAUUUUGUGAGGGUGGUGGUGUAUGUGUGCGUAUGCAUAAUUGUUCAUCGUUCCUUUUUUUACCCAUCUUUUUUGCUUGUUUAAUUCUCUCUGGCCCGGUUCUUCUUUAAUAUAUAGACCUGGUUUCCAAAAACUGCAAUUUGCUGCCUUAUUCAGCACCACCUUUUUACCCAUAACCGCUCUCUGGCUCCGAGGCAGGUCUUUGCAGUCCCGAUUUUGCUCCAUAUUAGAAAAAAAUAGUAAGUAUACACUUUCAGCUCCUCAUUUUAAAACUAGGCAAAAAACACUAAGUUCACUUUCUAUUCCAUUUUAAUUAAAUUUCAGAAGUACUUUGGAAAUCAAGGUAUGCUACCAGAAGAUCUUAAAAUAAGAAGGUUAGCCAGUGCUUUUAGAAAGGCAGUUGUAGAAAUUUGGGGAAGGAUUUUUAAAGCACUUUUGAUCAGCUAGCAUAUUCUCCAGUCUGUCUUCAUAUCCUGAGCCAUAAAGCCGAGGCCUGAUUUCUUUUUUGACACAAAGUAGAGCUAUGCAAAUCAGGAUCUGUACGUGGAGUAUGGCACAAGCGAGUUGUGACAGAGGCUGCACAAAUGCAUGCACAAAGACCCAACUAAAGCUCUUUGUAAACAAUAAAUUAAAAAAAAAUUAUACAUACAUUCUGAAAAAAUAAAAGAAUAAUACAACGACACAGAAGCGAAAAUACAUAUAACCCUUCCCUUCUCUCCCCUUUCUUCCUCUUUCUUUCCCUUAAUUAAAAAACCUCUCUCAAUUUCUUUAUUUUCUCCCUUGCUAAAAAAUAAAAAUAACCCAUCACUGAUGCCUUUCAGGGUCAGCCUUGAAAACUUAGCAGUACCCCUCAACUCCAUUUCUUCUUGCUUGUGAGGCUUGACUGAAUUAUAGUUUUCUGAGAAAAAAUAAUUUUUAAUAAUCUAAGGUAAAUUUGUUGCAAAGUAUUAGUAGCAGCAAAACAAGGCUGUUUGCCAAGAUGAAUGUUAUUAGCCAAAGUUCUUGAAAAUGAAUGUUUUGAAGAAUAAUUUUUGCUGGGAUUUCCUGAGAUCUGCUCAUCAAAAUUGCUUUUGGAUAAUCAACAGAUGUAAAUACCAAAAUACUUCCUAAAGAGUAUUAAUUAAAUCUUUAAUUUUCUUGAUGGAACAGGUAAUUAGCAAUAGAGGUUCUUUUGGGGUUUUUUUUCCUGUUGUGAUUUAGAUGUCUGACCAAUGUUGUUAUUUAUCAUGGAGGCAACCAGACGUGAAGGCAUACAGUCAUUCAUCUGUCGCUCAGGUGGCAGGGCCCUUCGUUGAAAUCCAGCCCAAGAUUUGGGUUGACCUCUCCACUUCUGUGUUCUGAAAAGAAUUGCUGCUCCCAAAGGGGUUGAUCCGUAUCACUUUAUCUUAGGUUCUCAGAAGUCCCUAAACUUGAGGCAUCCAUAACAUAAUCCGUGACAGUGCCUUGACACUGCUAUUUUUCUGUCCAUUCUGAAAAUGGACUGUGUGGAACUGAUGUGCUGGGCCAUCAGACGGAGUUGAAGAGCUCCUCACUGCUGCUAUGACCAGAGCUUUCGAGUGUCCAUUUCAAUAGUAUAUGCCAUAGCACCCAACCUAGGGAGGACCUUGUGUGGGUUUUUAAUAAAUGUUGUUCAAUUGAAAUUUUUAAAGCACAGGUAGCAUCUAUUUUAAGAAGUUUGAAGGUCUAACAGGAUGUCUGCAUUGAUUUAAUAUCUGUUAAAAUUCAGAGGAGGAUACUGUUUGCGGGGAAGGAGGAGAAGGAAAUAAAAAAUCCAUUCCUCUGUAGUCCCCAGACUGAGUGAAAUCACUAUGGUAGGAGAGGAAAGGUUCCAGGCAAUCUAGCCCUAGGAGAACCGUGAGCCUCAAAUAUUCCACAGUAUGUUUGCCUGAUGCAAAAUUGGAGCUGAAGCCUACCAGGGCUGCUCCAUAGAGUAGGAAGGGGGUCCGACUUCCAGUUACUAUUAGUACCUCCAUUUAAGGACUUAAAGCAGUGGCUUUCGGACUCAAAUGUGCAUAAAAAUCCUCUGAAGUACUUAAAAAUGCAGAUUCUGGGAUUUUAUCAGCCCCCCUCUCCUUGCCCAAUUCUAUGUAUAUAGGAUAGAGCCAGGAUUUUGUAUUUUUAACAGACAAACCAGGUGAUUCUGCAGUGAGUGGCCUGGGAUCCACACUCUGAGAAAGAUAAUAAACUCCUAUCAUAGAGAAUAUGCGGAAUGUACUUAAUGGCACCAUUAUAUAGUUCAUCAAAGUUCAUCUUGGGCUUCCUUAAAUGAUUUCGCCUUCAUGAGCUGAGCCACUCUUCCCUCUCAAGGUGAUACAUACCAUAGCAAUCAUGACAUGAUUGUCCCAUUCUCUAUUGGCAAAACAGGAGAUGUUGUUUUUAAUGUACUACUGUCAUUUUUACUACCACCGUGUUCUGCAUUCCAGGUGUAUUUAUUUCUAAUAAGAUGCCUUGCCAUCUCAUACACGGUCCCUCACUUGUACCACAUUUGUUUUCUCAGCUGGCUAAUCACUAAGCCUUACCAAGGUCAUCAGUAAGUAUUGGUGAAGGAUGAAACCCCUGCAUUCCCACAAAGACAUAAAAUCUUGCUCAGUACCAGCAAGUACAUUUAUCAAUUCCAUCUUUUUUUUUUUGGAGACCCUCUAACUGUAACUUCUCUAACUCCAUCCUGGGGUGAUUGCUCUCCAGACCUGUCACACUCCUUCACAUUACCCUGUAACACUACCCCAGCUCCCAGGAUGAAAUGUUUGCCACUUUCUCGGUGUGGAUCUGUGGUCUUCCAACUGGGAUGGGUACACAUGUCCCCUCCAAGAGGUGCAUGGACACAGAUAGUUUUAGGGGAAUCAUUUUCCAGGUCAUCCAUCUCCAUUAUGUAUGUUAAAAUUGUUCUUCUUGUGAAUGCAGCUCAGUGCUAGUUCUUACUUCCCACCUGUGCUUUCUUUCUCAAUUGUCCUUUUCCCACAGUGGAAAAGGAAUAUCUUGCUUAUGUAGGAAUGUGGUAUAUUGGCCCAGGGUGUAAAUGUCUUAGGAUGCCAAUAAAAGGACAAUUCUAAAUAUUAGUUUUAUUUAAGGACUUUGUUCCACUCACACAAUUAUUUAAAAAAAAAAAAUGCAGACCUCUCAAGGAAGCGGUUCCUGAGUUCCUGAGAACACAGCAAAGAGAGUUUUGGUAAGAAAUAACCAAGGCUAUGGCACAUUUCUUCAUGGCAAGUCUUCUUGCUUGGUCUAUCAAAAUAUCAAAAUAACAUUUUUGUGAAAAAUAAUUAUACAGGCAAAGGAAUAUAAAAUUAACAUUUAUUUUCUCAACCCUUUCUAAGUAAAAUGAGUUAGAAAAGGCACAUCUAAGUGAAAAGGUAACAUUUAAUUAAAGUCAUUGAUUCCAAUAGCUGGGUAACCAAGCCUUUUCCAAUCAGAUUCCCAAUUAUUUGCUUGCAAAAAAAUUAAAGGAGAACCUGAGUUGUUGAUAGGUGACUAAAAAUGAUGUUUAUGAUAGAUUGCUAUGUGAUUUUUGAUAUUUGAUUCAGAAGGAGAAGUGAGGUAAUAAAAUUCCUUCCAUUCAUAUCUA